CACGCAUCGCCAGAGCCCUACCGAAACCGCAACAUCAAAUCCACUGCCAACACGUCCGACUUCUCCGAUUGUCCCCUUUCAUCAAUUGCUGCCGGGGAUGGAUGGUUAACGGCAUCAUGGCGCCCCUCUUCCGCCUCCCAGACGAGGAGCUUCUCACCUCUCUGGCUGAGCGUUUCCCGGGCCGGGAACAACAGAUUCGCUCCCUGGCAACGCUCCUCCAUCCUGACGCCGCGCCCUGCCGCAACCUCGUCCUCCACGGCACCGAAGCCACGGGCAAAUCCGCCAUCACAUCACAGUUGCUGUCACAACUAGCCGCGCUGUCACGGCGCGACGAGGGCGGCGACGGCGACGUCGAAGUCAACGGUAGUAGCAAAGACACUGGCGAGCCGAACCUGCGAUACGCCUUCGUCAACGCGGCGCAGUGCAUCACGGGGAGGCAUCUCUUCGAGCGCGUCGUAGGGGCCGUGGCCGACGCGCUGCGAUGUGAUGCCCGGGAUGACGACGAGCGCCACAGGUGGGACCAGCAGCGCAGGCGUUGCGAGACGCUCGCGCAGCUGACGGUAGCGCUGGGGACGAUGCUAAGGGAUCCGACGCGGCAGCCGCGCUCGAGGUUCGUCCUGGUGCUAGACGCCAUUGAUCGGCAGAGGGACGCGCCGCCCACGCUGCUCCCCGCGCUGGCUCGUCUGUCCGAGAUGAUCCCCUGCCUGACGUGCGUCUUCAUCGUCACCGCGCCGCCCGCCGGCUUCCUCCGCACGCCCUCGGCGCCGCACCUGCACUUCCCGCCGUACACCAAACCCGAGUUCGUGCGCAUCCUUGCGCUCGCCCCGCCGCCGCCCAUCCCCGGGACGACGGAGCGCGAGACGGCGGACCUGUGGACGCGCUUCUGCGCCGCCGUCCACGACGCCUUUGUGCGCUCCGCCGCGCGCACCCUGCCCGCCUUCCGCCACGGCUGCCGCGCCCUGUGGCCGCGCUUCAUCGCCCCCGUCGUCGCCGGCACCUACGCCGUCAAGGAGUUCUCGAAGCUGCUCGUCGCCGCGAGGGUCCACUUCCAGGACGAGUCCCUCCUGAACCCGAGCAUCGUCUCGCUGCGCCCUGGCGCGGGUGGGAAGAGCACCGCCGCCCUUGGCGAUGGGCCGGCCCCUAUCCCCGUGGACCAAGCCGUCAACGGCGUCUCUAAAGCGACGACGACAACGACGACACAUACUAUCACCGCCGCGCCCGCUCCCGCCGCCGCGCAGCUCACUGCCCUGCUCCCCAUUGCCGCCCGCAUUCUCCUCCUCUGCGCGUAUCUAGCUUCCCACAACGCCGCGCGCCACGACCUGACCGUCUUCUCCACGUACCAUCACGGGCGCAGGCGCCGACGCGGCGGAGGCUUCACCGCGGCCGCGGCCGGUGGUGGCGGAUCGUCGACGCCCCGACGCGGCGCCAAGCAUCGCAAGAUUGCGCGCAAGCUUCUCGGCGCGCACGCCUUCGUCCUCGAGCGCAUGCUGGCCAUCUUCGAGGCCGUGCGCGGCGAGUGGAUUCCCGAGGGCGGCUCCGUCGGCUCCGUCGUGGACGGGGACGUGGGCAUGGCCAUCUCCACGCUGGCGAGCCUGCGGCUGCUGGUGAGGGUUGGCGCGGGCGACACCAUGGACAGGGCGGGCAAGUGGAGGAUCAACGUCGGGUGGGAUGCCAUCAGGGGCAUAGGAAGGAGCAUCGGCGUCGAGGUAGAAGAGUGGCUCAUGGAGUAGUAGCAGUAGUAGUAGCAGUAGUAGUAGUAGCAUUUGAUAACGGCGAAAUCACUCGAGGCACGGGGCGUCACGGGCCGGACGAAGGGCAUCUUGCGAUACCUAGCUUUGUUCAAACCACGCUUGUUUAUGAAUACAUCCGACUCAGGG